AUGGUGUCCUGUCUCGACCGGAUCCUUGAGGGUCCGCCCUGUGCCGACGCCGAUGCCCCGUGGACGGGAGCACCAAAAGAGGGACCAGGCGGGUCUCUUGAGAGGCAGCAGAGGGAGUCGUCCCCUCGCCACUCCCGUACCGAUAUCCCUCCCGCGCCGGCUCAAAGUCGGUCCGUCCCGCGCCCCCAACCUCCCCCUGCACCAAAGGUGGGCGACCGGGCCAAGCCCCAGGCAACGGGGCCGUUGACCCAUGGCCGUGCCGUGGCCUCCGGCAAAGGGGAAACAAGACGCAGGAGCUCCAGCCCUGGCGCUCGUCAGGCGGGAGACGCCGAGCUGAGACCUGUGCCCGCUCGUGAGGGGCCUGGAGCCUCAACGCGAGGCGAUUCGAGGCCCGCCAGUCGAGGUACCGACAGGCGGGCCGUCCUCCCUAUGGGGUUGAAGCGGACGCUCAAGCAGGCCCAGCCCUCGUUGGCCAAAAGGCUUAAAGUAGGAGCGGCCUCCAAAGGUUCAGGCUCCUCCGACCCUCGACCGCCGACCGGUGCCGAGAGCGCCCCGCCCCGUCCCUUUGUGGGUGAAUCUGCCCCAUCAUCGCCAAAGCGGGUCGAGGCACCUCCCCCCCAAGGGCAGGAGGGAGCCGCCGAGCCUUCCCGAUCUGGGGUCAAGGGGGAUCCUAUCACUAUAAGUGAUGGGUCUGGUGGCGACGGGUCCUCAAAGGACGCUCGUCCUAUGGACGAGGAGGCCCAGACCUCUCUUGCCGCGAAGCGGACGCCCUGGUACGACACCAUGGAAGCCUCCGGCGCUUGGUUGGAGCUGUGCCCUGUUGAUGCUGAGGAGGUCGAGGUUCUCGAGAUGGCCCGUACCAAGUGGACAGCUCGCAAACGUGUCAUCAUGCCCAACAAGAGGACAAGGUUCACUCUAGGCAAGCGUGUUCCCCCGCAUCUGGUUGAAGCACUGAGGGACAUGGAGGAGGAUCCACAAGAGGAACAAACCAUGGAUGUACCCAUGGAUGAGGAUGCUGAGGAGGAAGUCAUGAUAGAGGAACCAGUUGAGGAUGACGAAACCGAAGAGGAGCCCAUGGAUGGUGGUGAUGAUGGGGAUGGUGAUGGAGAUAGCCAAGAUCACCAUGCUGCGCUUCUGGCAAAGGGAUGGACAGUGGUGAUCCAUUUCGACUUGCAUGGUGACGCCUACUACCAUCCGAAGCUUCUUACUCUCGCACGUCGUUUCCAUGCCCGGUGUACUGUACAGUACCGCACCGAGCAUUGGACUCACCCCGACUACAUCGGCUUCUGGGAGACUGAAGCUUACAUCCGAGAAGGAAGUCGGGUGUGCCACAUCCACCGUGCGAUCACCGCCAGGACUACCCGCGCAGCAGCUAUCCGGGACGCUGCCCGGCAGGCCUUGGUGGUGAACCGCGACCGCCACUUUGCUGACAUUGCAUGGGAAGAAGAUCGCUAUCUACCCCGCCGGCGGAGUGGUCAGACAAUCUGCAACAUCGCUGCACCACUUGUAGCAGGGAAUCCCAGAAUCCGACCCACCCUGGCAUGCUUGGCUCAAACCAACACAGACUUGGAUCGAGUCUCAGAUGAGCUAGAUGCCCUGAGGAAGGCCUACCUUGAGUUGGCUGUCGAGAACUCCAUGUUAAAGCAACAGCAGGGGAAUCAUGUUGAAGAAGUACCACUCAUCCUCGCGGAGUCACCCCUAAGGAACCACGAGGACCCCAACACCGGCACCAACCUUGACCCAUAG